CCGGCAGCUCGACGCACGCACGCACGCACGCACGGACAAACCAAUCAUAGUACAUAUAGAAGUGGCACGGCAGCAAGGUUGCAGUAUAUGCUCCUGCCGCCAACAUGCCCGGCUCCACCGUGCUGCUGAUCAGCUGCUCCAUCGCCGCGCUCCUCGUCAUCUCCCUCUUCACCUUCCUCUGCUCCAACCGGCGCCAGGCGCACCGCGCGCCGCCGUCGCAGUCAGAGCGGAGCGUCGUUGACGUCGAGCUCGGCCACGGGUGCGGGGCCACAGGGAUGGACGACGCCGUCCUGGCCGUGUACACGACCACGGUGUACUCAGCGGCGAAGCGACGGGGGGAAGACCAGAUGGCUGUUGCCGACGCGUUGGCCGACGGUGACCAGCCGCCCGACGACACGGACACGCACACGACGUGCGCGGUGUGCCUGACGGAGUACAUGGACGGCGACGAGCUCCGUCGGCUGCCCGGCUGCAAGCACGCGUUCCACCGGCUGUGUGUCGACGAGUGGCUCCGGCGGCGGCCGAGCUGCCCGCUGUGCCGCACAUCGCCGCUCGCCACGCGCACACCGCCUGCGGCCACCACCGAUGACUCCUGAACCGCCACGGCGUAAGGUAGCUUGCCGACCGGAACCAUGCAUGCAUGCCGUUGCCGUAUAGCGGCGAAACCGAAAUGCGGCGUAGUACAUGGCAUGUCUCGUUCGAACCCAAAUGCUGCCGUUGCCAGGACAAUGACAUGUAGUACGUGGCAGAAGAAAUGUUCCGUACGAAGCCUCCAUGAAUGCUCUAGAGCAGAGUCCGUGGGUAGGUCGUCAUGCAUUGGCAUGUGCCGCACAAGAGAUGUAAAUUCAUGAAAUUUUGUUAGUGCCAUUUUUUUAUUAGGAGCUUGCAUAUCAAUUCAAUUAUGGUCCGGCUAUUACCUUGAUUCUUAGAAUCCUCAUAUUCUCCUAGCCCAGUGGCCAGCGAGCCGGUGUGUCUCGUGGCCGACGCAGGUUCGAGCCACGGCUUGGAAGCUGCUGUCUCACAUUUCUUCUCUUAAUAAAAAAUCAGUAGGGGUUUCUCCCCCUACUAGUCUUGUUUUUUGCUAUAGAUCAUUAACAAUCAAUGGGAAUUCUCCCUUCCUCCCGUCGUCAGCUACUCCGGCCACGGCGGCCACUCCUCCUGCCGUUGGUCCUUCCGACCCCGGCAGCCACCUUCCCCCUCAGAUCUGGAGCGUGGUCUCGCUUCGUUCGACAUGGGUUCCAACCCCCGCUUGGUGACAUCCUCCUUCCGCCGAGACGGCGAGCGGCCGAUGGUUUCGGGCCUGGGACUGUCGUCGUGUUCGGAGGCGUCCGAGGCACAGGGGCCGGCGUUGCUGCCUGCCCCCCCCCCCCUGCGGCGGCCCCCGCGGAGGCUUGGAGGGCUCCUCCCCCUUCCAAGAAGGAACUGUGGCGUCAGCGCCGGCGCCAGGAAGAGCAAGCGGGGUCUGCGGCCGCCAGGGAGCGCCACGAGAUCUCGCCGGAGAUGGUCGACCUCUGCUUCCGCUGUUUCGAGGAGGGACAUCUCAGGAAGGACUGCACCAACGACACAUCGUGUGCUUCCGUUGCAUCCUUCCUGGCCAUGUCUCCAAGGAUUGCAAGCGACCCAGGAGUCCGUCCCCGGAGGAGGAGCUCAGGCGCCUCACCGCGUCCAAGGUGGCACGUCGUGAGCCAGGGGGCGCAGGCGGUGCGCGCGGCCGCGGCAACGGCUCCCCCUGCUUCCGCCGCCGCCGCUGCCUCCUACGGUGCAUGCCGCCCCGGCGGCGUGGCCUAGGAGUAUGGCGUCCCGUCUGCAAAGCCCGCCGGCGGAGGAGCUCGCGCCUAACGACCUGUGCACCACGAGGCGCACCAUGGGGCUGGGAGAUCUCGAGCGGAGACUCCAGUUGGCCAUGGUGGCCUACGUUGGUGGCGCAAACAGAGGCAUCUCGCCGGAGUUCGUGUUGGAGGCUUUGAGCGCUCAGCUCGACAUCGGUCCAGAGUGGCUGUCGGUUUACCCUUUCCGUCCAGAGGACUUCCUUGUGGUGUUCGGCAGGCCGGAGCACAGGAAUCUCAUGGCGAGCAAGCCUUCGAUCGACCACUUGGGGCGGCGCAUCUUCUUCAGGCCAUGGAAUCGCCAGGCGCACGCGGUGCAUUCGAGAUUCAGCUACAAAGUUCCCUCGUGCUUGAAGGCAUCCCGCCGCACGCUUGGGACAGAGAGGUGGUGGAAGACCUGCUUGGCUGUUCUUGCAUGGUGGACAUGGUGGCGCCGGAGUCAAGCUCGCUUCGUGAUCUCUCUACUUUCAAGCUCACGACGUGGACGGCAGACCCCGAGGCCAUCCCGACGCUGCGGUGGCUGGCUAUCCCUGAGCCUGGAUUGUUCGUCCCGAUGGUGGAGCCGGCGCUGCUGCAAUACACAAGAUUCUCAUCCAUUUGGAAUCAGUGCCGAUUUCGGCGAGAGGGAGGAGCCGUGGUUCUUGACGGGGGUGGCGUCCUACGAUAGUGGGCAGAGUGGCAUUACGGACUCGGGCAGUGGGUUCAGCGCAGGCAAUGGCGCCGGCAUCGUGCCCCAGCAGCGUGCCUGGCAGUUCGGGGUGCGCGACUCCCGUGCUGGCAGUUCGGGCGCGGCCAUGGUGGAAGUACAGCCUCGCCGCCGGCGGCCGCUGUGGUGCCUGGCGCUUGCCGCCGAUGGCGCCGAAGGAGAUGAUCUCGGCGGUGGGGCCCCACUGGCGGUGAAGGACAGGUUGUCGGUCAGGAUUUCUGCUUUUGACCGCUUAUCCGAUAAGGUGGGGACCGCAAUGCCUUCUGGAAUUCAAAAUCAUAACGACUCGAUGGAGAGAGGUGCGGGUCGGGCUCUCCUGCUGGGUUCCCAGCACGCACUAUCGUGCAGGGCCAACCAGUGCCCAGCAUGUGUCCCCGAUGGACCCACCACUUAAUAAAACCAGCGUAUCUCUCUAAUAUCAGUUAGGUUCCAGAAAAUCAGGAAAACGACAUGUUUCUCUCCCGCGUUACAACAGAUUGCCGCCAAAAUCUCUUGCGUGGCUUCAUCCUUUCUCCUACCGAUCUAUUCCAUUGUUCAUUGUAGCCCCUGGAUCACAGGAGAAUAGAUCAAGAUUGAUAGAAAUUUAUUCCUCUGCGUGGAUCAA